GAUGAAAAGAGAAUGGUCAUUGAUAAGGCCAGGGAAGCAGCUCCGCCUAACAGACCCACGUGGCACACCUGAAGCCCACUGGACCCCGAGGAGGGAGGAAUGCCCUUAUUAGAGCACCACCGUAAGUGCAUCUUGGCAGGGCUUUGAAAAGGGGAACCCAAGCAGGAGUCUGAACAAAAUUCCAGAAAUUCAGCAAAAACCAAACGAAGAUUUAUCAGGCCUGCAGAUGUUAUACUGAUGCAGAUCCUGAGGCCCCUGAAAAUCCUGGAACAGUGAAUUUGCUUCAUUGGACAAAGUGCCUGAGACAUAAGAAGAAAAUUAUGAAAGUUGGUGCAUUUGGAAGGAACCCUUCUCCUUUGGUAGAUCUUGCUUUUAAAGGGUUCAACAACAGGGAACAACAACAGAAGAAAGAAAAUGCAAAAGACAACGCCAUUUUUCUGGCAGUGGCGCUCACCAGAAGAUGAGUGACCCAAAGAGAGGUCAGCCACCCUUGGGGAAGGAACAAUGCACUUAUUGUAGGGAGGAAGGGUAUUGGGAAAAAAGAUUGCCCUAGGCUAAAUAGGAAGGAAAACAAAAGACAGGAGACUCAGGUAAAAUUGACAAUGGAGAAUGAGGGGAUUAACUUUCUGUUACAGGUGCCACAUAUUCUGUGGUAAAUACCAAGGUGGCACAGAAAACAUCGCAAUCCAUCCUGGUCACAGGUGUUUUUGGAGGAGUACAAAAUAGCUCAUUCUUACAACCUCUAGAAUGCCAACUGGGGAACCUUACCCUAAAAGAGUUUCUUUUUUUCUGUGUUGUUGUUUGUUUGUUUUUCUGGCUGCGCGGCGUGGUAUGUGGGCUCUUAGUUCCCCAGCCAGGGAUGGAAGCCGCACCCCCUGCAGUGCAAGCGCAGAAUCUUAACCACUGGACCGCCGGGGAAGUCCCUGAAACAGUUUCUUAUAGAUGCCAGAGUGUGUCCAGUCCCUCUUUAGGGGCAAGAUCUCCUUUGUAGAAAGAGACAAAGAGCAGGUCAAAGAGUGCUGUUUCCGACCUCCACAGAUAGGGACUCAGCUCAGAGGAGCCUGCAGAUAGACUUUACGCCAAUCCUCGAGCUGCAGGGAAUUUCAGAUAACCUGCUGGUGUGUGUGGACCCUUUGUCAGGAUGGGUGGAAGCAUAUCCCACCUGGACAGGAAAAAGCCUCCAGAGUGGUCAAAGCCCUCCUUAAGGAAAUUAUCCCCCAACUUGGAUUAAAGCAUUGCAAAUUAAUUGGAAAAUAUAUUUAUCCUGGAGCCCACAAUCGACAGGAAAAACCAAGGAAAUGAAUGAUAUACUAGAAAGGAGCAUUGCUAAUAUAUGUCAAGAGACGAAUUUAACUUGGGAUAAGGUCUUGCCAGUUGCCCUGCUACGGAUCAGAGUGGCUCCCAGAAGCUGGCUUAAAUUAAGCCCCUUUGAAAUGCUGUAUGAUAGGCCAUUCCAGGUGUCUGGCCAGGUGGGAGAAUCUAUAAAUGCUCUAAAACAGGGCUCCCCAGCUCUGGACCAGUAUCGGUUGUCAGUCUGUUAGGAACCGGGCUGCACAGCAGGAGGUGAGCAGCGGGCGAGCCCACCGGAUUAAAGCAGCACCACUGUCAGCAAAAGUGACCCAAUCCCUGAGAUGCAUAGAGAGCAAUGGGUUUGUGAAUCCUUAGAUGACUCAAGGUUGCUCUUUAUAAUCUCAAUACUUUAAAAAAUUUCAUUGUAGCCAGAGAAGGGUCAACCUAUUUGUUUAAUUUCGUCCAAAUAAAUAGCACAGGAACUUAGUGUAAUUAUGGCACAAAGUUAAUUAAUAACUAAGUACUGGGAACUGGAACCAAUACCCCAAGUUAAAUUGCAAAUUAGAUAAUGAAGUUUAAUUCUAACGGGUUUCAUCAGGUUCAAAUAGUUAUAGAUUAAAAAAGGAACGAGGAUUGUACAGCUGACUAGAGAUUUUAAGGAAUGUUCCCUUUCCAAGGCUGAUCAAUUCCAUUCCAUAAUCACCUCUUUGUCACCCCUGUUCAGCAGGAAUUAGAGUGGUCUUGGUCCUUUUUCUCACAGGAUUGUGGAAUGGAUCAUUGACAGUGGGGAACUGUAAUAGGGAAGAACUUUUGUGUUCUAUUACGUUAGUCACUAAAGGAACGUUGCCUAUAAGCUUCAGUUACACAUAAUGACCCAUCUCUGGGAACCCUGCCUCCCAGGUAAUGAGCAUUAAGCUCAAUUCCUUUGUUUAGCUCACAAGGAAACAUCCUGACCAGGCCCACCUGUAAGUGGCUGCAGGAAGGAAGAAAUUAAUACAUCCCCUAUGGAGACUGGCUGGAACCAGGACUUUACCCUCUCCCCUUUUAGGAUAAAAGAAGCCUGAAUUCUGACUCAGGGAAGAUGGUUCAUCGAGACACUAGUCCACCAUCUUCUUGUCUGCUGGCUUUCCAAAUAAAGUUGCUAUUCCUUGCCCCAACAACUUGUCUCUCAAUUUAUCAGCCUGUCAUGUGGCAAGCAGGAGGAGUUCGGACUCAGUACCAUGACCUUGGACCUGACCUGGAGUCCUCUCUCAUACAUUCAGGACAAUGGCAGAGGUGAGGGGAAGAAUGAGGAGCUGCGUCUUUACCACCACCUCUUCGACAACUACGAUCCAGGCAGCCGGCCAGUGCAGGAGCCUGAGGACACUGUCGCCGUCACCCUCAAAGUCACCCUGACCAACCUCAUCUCACUGAACGAGAAAGAGGAGACCCUCACCACCAGCGUCUGGAUUGGAAUCGACUGGCAAGAUUACCGACUCAACUACAGCAAGGGCGACUUUGGGGGCAUAGAAACCCUGCGGGUCCCUUCAGAACUCGUAUGGCUGCCAGAGAUUGUGCUGGAAAACAAUAUCGACGGCCAGUUCGGUGUAGCCUAUGAGGCCAACGUGCUGGUCUCCCAGGGCGGCUACAUGAGCUGGUUGCCCCCGGCCAUCUACCGCAGCACCUGCGCCGUGGAGGUCACCUACUUCCCUUUCGACUGGCAGAACUGCUCGCUUGUUUUCCGCUCCCAGACGUACAAUGCCGAAGAGGUGGAGUUCGUCUUCGCCGUGGACGACGACGGCAGGCCCAUCAGCAAGAUCGAUAUCGACACUGAGGCCUAUACUGAGAACGGCGAGUGGGCCAUCGACUUCUGCCCCGGGAUGAUCCGCCGCCACGACGGUGGCUCUGAUGGUCCAGGGGACACUGAUGUCAUCUACACGCUCAUCAUUCGCCGGAAGCCGCUCUUCUACGUAAUUAACAUCAUCGUGCCCUGCGUGCUCAUCUCGGGCCUAGUGCUGCUCGCCUAUUUCCUGCCGGCGCAGGCCGGCGGCCAGAAAUGCACCGUCUCCAUCAGCGUUCUGCUCGCCCAGACCGUCUUCUUGUUCCUAAUUGCCCAGAAAAUCCCAGAGACGUCUCUGAGCGUGCCGCUGCUGGGCAGGUAUCUCAUUUUCGUCAUGGUGGUUGCCACGCUGAUCGUCAUGAAUUGCGUGAUUGUGCUCAACGUGUCUCUGCGGACGCCCAGCACGCACGCCACGUCCCCGCGGCUUCGCCACGUCUUACUGGAGCUGCUGCCACAACUCCUGGGCUCGGGCGCUCCCCCCGAGGUCCCCCGGGCCACCUCGCCCCCCAGGCGGGCGUCGUCCUUGGGCCUGCUGCUCCGCGCCGAGGAGCUGAUACUGAAAAAGCCGCGGAGCGAGCUCGUGUUCGAGGGGCAGAGGCACCGGCACGGGACCUGGACAGCUGCCCUCUGCCAGAGCCUGGGCACCGCCGCCCCCGAGAUCCGCUGCUGCGUGGAUGCCGUGAACUUCGUGGCCGAGAGCACGCGAGACCAGGAAGCCGCCGGCGAGGAGGUUUCCGACUGGGUGCGCAUGGGGAAGGCGCUUGACAACAUCUGCUUCUGGGCCGCUCUGCUGCUCUUCCUUGUCGGCUCCAGCCUCAUCUUCCUCGGGGCCUACUUCAACCAAGUGCCCGAACUGCCCUACCCGCGGUGUAUGUAGACGUGAGCCCGCAGCCGCAAUGACAAACGUUCCCACCCAUCUCCAGGAAGACAUUUGAAAAACAAGUUGCUGCCGCUGCUUUAUCAUGAUCCUCUCCCGCUGCCAAUGAUAAACCUGUAUUCAACUUAACAAGAGGAGUCGUAUGUGCACACGUGUGUAGCUCUGGACACCUGGCAGGCAUCAGGAGCUGGCAGAUGGUUCAGGAAGGCUCUUGCAUGUCAACCCUCCAGAAAGCAAGAACCACCCUCAAUUCAGUCUUCCUGACCUCCCAGUUUUUCUUGGGCCCCAACCCCAUGUGACCCUCUAAGAAACCUUUAUCCAUUUGUUGCCAAACAGGAGAGACCCCUUUAUAGAACUUGCACAUAGGCUAGAGCCAGGUGCUUCUGUGGCCUGGCCAGGCUGGCGAGGGUGGGGACCAAACGGCCCCAGCGCAGAGCCCCAAAAGCCCACAGGUUUAAGGCUGAGGAUGCCCCGGCCCGCCCUCCGUUGUUUCCUCUAGGUUUUCUUGGCCCAGCACGUCCCACCCACCCCCACCCCACCCAGUCUCACUCACUGCAGAUUCUACCCCACCCUGCCCCCUUAUCCCCAGCAAUGCUGGCUGGCCCUGGCUAGUACCCGGAAUAGUGAGAGAAAACAGAAUCACAUAGGGCCUGAAGGGGUGGGA